UAAAUAGUAGUUCUGAAGAUUAUUCAAGUGAAGAAUUAGAAACUUCAGAUCUUUCAUCUAAUAAUAAUAAUAAUCUUCACAAUCUUAAAGGUACUCAAGCAAAUCUUAUGUUCUGUCAUUGGUGUCAAGAAGCAAACAAGCAAAAUAGUUUUACCUCUGGUUGUGUAUAUUUUAAAUUACAAUCUUUAACUCGACAUAUUAAUAACAAAGAUCAUCAGUCUAUUAUUUAUAAUAGUACUCAAGAUGAAUUUAGUAUUAGAUCUAGUAUAUUAUCUUUUACGAAUAACCAGUUUCUAAAUAUUGAUAAUUUACAGGCACCAUAUGCUAGCUAUACAAAUAAUAAAGCAGCUUAUGGGUUUAUUGAAUCAAUUGGACAUGUAAUUGAACAAUCAACUUUUGAAGAAUUGUAUAAAUCUAAAAGUUGGAGUAUAAUGUUAGAUGAAAGCACUACUAUAUCUACUGAAAAAAUAUUAGCUAUAGUUUCUAAACAUUUACUUAGACCUGGAAAACCUAUUUAUCAAUUUCUUGGUAUGAUUUCUCUUACUGAACAAAUGUCUGAUACUAUAAUAGCAGAUCUCAAUCGUUUUAUUCAAGCAAAAAAUAUUCUUUAUAAUAAUUUAUAUCAUAUUUGUACAGAUGGAGCAAGUACAAUGAUUGGAAUUCAUAAAGGCAUUGCUACUCAAAUAAAGACUAAAAAUCCUUUUAUCUUACAACAUCAUUGUAUUUCAUAUUGUUUAGCUUUAGUAGCUAAAAAUGCUGCCAAUAAUAUAUCUGAAUUUCACCAAUAUGAAACUCUAGAACAAACUGAAGAUCUACAACUUACAGUUCUUAUUAUUAUUAACUUACGAAUAUUAUGUCAACUAAAUCUAUUAUUUCAAAAAAAUAAUAUUAUGAUUCAUGAAGUCAAAACUCAAUUAGAUAUUACAAUUCAAGCUAUUGAUAUCGCAUUUAUUGGAAGUGAUAAUAAUAAGCCAACAUGGACAAUAGUUGAAUCUCUUAAAAAACAAUUUCUAAAUCAUGAACUAAUAGAUUCAUUUAAAAUUUUUGAUCCAAGAAAUCUUCCUGUUGAGAAUCAAAGAUCAUUUAAUGAAUAUGGGUUAAACCAAAUUACUAUAUUAAGUGAUUUUUAUAGUUCAAACAAAUUUGUUUUAGAUAAAAAUUUUCAAGCAAUUAUUAUUGCUGAUGAGCUUAUUCAUGAAUAG